UGUUUCAAUGUUAGUUUACCUGGGUAUUUUGGACUUACAAUGACAACAAACGUCGGAGGCAAUGAGUGUAUUUCCUUCAAUAAUGUUUCUGUCAGUUCAACACUAAUAGCAAUAUAAAUAUCCAAGGUUAUAUUUGUGAAAAGUCUGCAUUAGCUAAACUUGAAAUGUAGUAUACUUCCAAAUAUGUUGCCGAAUAAUUGAAAUGAUGUAGGCCUGGCUUUGGACUGGGCAUUUCAUGGCUGGAAUUAACUGGUAUGCUGGGUGCCAAAUAAAUCAGAAAUCCUGUAUGACUAAACCAGUGCCACUCUGCAGCUUAACAAAUCUUCAGUUGAGGUUUUUAUGUCCCUCAGAUUUGGAGGAGGUGCGGGCACUUUGCCAGGAUUGGUUUCCUAUUGAUUAUCCUUACUCAUGGUAUGAAGACAUCACUUCAAAUCCUAGAUUCUAUUCCUUGGCAGCAGUCUAUGAUGGUGUCAUCAUUGGUCUUAUUGUGGCAGAAAUAAAAUCUUAUAUAAAGUUAAAUCGAGAGGAUCGUGGUAUUCUGUCACAGUCAUUCAGUAAGCAGACAGAAGUAGGAUACAUCUUGAGUCUAGGAGUGAGCAAAGAUCACCGCCGUAAUGGCAUAGCCUCCCUCCUGCUCGAUAAUUUAAUUUCUCACCUCACGACCGUUGAACAUGUGGACUGCAAGGCCCUCUUUCUGCAUGUUCUCACAACUAAUUCACCUGCCAUUCAUUUUUAUGAACAUCGCAAUUUCAGGUUACAUUCCUUUCUCCCCUACUAUUAUUCCAUCAAGGGGAAGUGCAAAGAUGGCUUCACUUACGUGCUGUACAUCAAUGGAGGCCAUCCACCCUGGGGAAUAUAUGACUAUCUGAAGCACUACUGUGGACUCGUAUAUCGUGCUGACCCUUGCUCACUUCCGCUGUGGGUGUGGCACAAGAUGCAAGGCGCUGUCCAUUGGGUGUGGCCUGGAAUUCGCCGUAUCGUAGUACAGAACACCACAGCAGUAUUUUCUUUCUCCAGCUAACACUGGCGCAGAUACAGUACCUCUUGAUUGGGAGUGCUUACAGGAAUUACCAAUAUAUAUGGUGCUUAGAACCCUCAGCCAUAGGUUCUGUGACAUUUUAUUGCAUCUAUGAGGCCCUUUGGGGUCCAGGCCAUGGAGCAAAUCAUGUGGGGAAUGAAGCAUAUUUUAUUUUUAUUGUUUGCUAGAGAGUUUGAUAGAUACACUUUUAUGCUGCCAUUUCUUUUUCCAAUGAUCCUACUUGUAUAUCAGUUGUUCUCACCAGAUACCAAAGUAUAAAUGUACAAGACUGCAAAACAUUUAUGGUUGCAGUUUUCUUUCAUCUGAAAUAUAGACACAAGCACAAUUAACCAUUUGAUGCAGUAUUUAAAUUCAUAGUCUCCUGGUUUAGCAGAUCAAUUACUUUAAAUGCCCUUAAAAUUUGUAAAACUUUUUGAUACUUGGCUAUGUUAAGCACAGCAGGUGAACGUUCAGGUUUGCUUUGGCCUUCUGCCUGUAACCUGGCAACAGAUUAAAAUAAAUGAAUUGGAUAUUCUUUAAGGUAAUAGGUUACUUGGGCUAAGUAUUGUACACUCCAUUGCUGCUUAUUGUUAACUACUUUUUCAUGAAACUGGUAUGAAUAUUAUUUAUGAAUUGGGCCAGUGAAAUGAGUAGGAACAUUGGAAAACAUAUUAUUAUUAUUAUUUUGCUGUCUGAUAGUGAAUCAUGUGGAUGUUUUGAUGAUAUUAACCCUCAUACUGCAGAGCUUAGUACCAUGGGCUCUGCAAGAAUUGUUAGUCUGUGUCUCAAAAACUGAAUAACAUGAGAGAGAUCUCUAUGCCUAAGAUAUGAAGGAGAAAGUGUUAAAUUAUAGUGCCAUCAUUAGUAUAUUUAUCAAUUACAGGCAGUGAGGACUAAGUUUAUGAGCAUUAUCAGAACUAGCAGGGUCUCCCUCACAUUCUUAGUCCAUUCAGUUGCAGGAAAAGGGUUAAUGCAGAGGGAGAUGAAGCGUAAAUUGAAAGACUGGUGGUGUAGUGUAUUGCAUGUUUUAUUUCCAUUCUAUCUGAAUAUAGUUUGUGAAAUUUAUUGGUAAACCAUCAAAUGAGAAUGAACGUUUUAAAAUUGUGGUGAUUACUGGCAGUUUAUUGGGGUGGGGGGCAUGGGAAUGAGAAACAAUAGAUUAUUGUAUGAACUGUUACAGAAAUAGAAGAUUGUUUUUAUCAACAUAAGACCUUUGUUAAUUGUUGAGGUCUGUAAGAUGUUACUUUUGUUUGGUGAGUAUGCUUCAAUAAUACUUUGUAUGCCCUCUAAUGUGCAUGGUUUGAGUCAGGGAUACAAAGAAAAGUUGACUUUACCAGUUCUUUUAGUUGCAGCAUACACUAGCCAUCUGUAAUUACCAUACCACCCAAUUACAGAAGGGCAUAACAAGUGUUGAACUGAUGCCUUAAAACUUUAAAUGUUAGUAGUGUGUGUAUUACUGAAUUAAAACUUUUGUUGUUAUAGCUGCCACAUUUAUACUUAUGUACCCACAGCACAGUUUUCUUUCAUAUUCUUUUAUUAGGUGCAUCACAUGUUGUAGUGUAACUUACACAAUUUUGCUAUGAAAGUAUUAACAUUAAUGGAUAGUUCUUGAAUUGUAGGUUUUCAAAGCAAGGACUGAUUGAAGUUAUUCUUCAGUUGCAGUAUUCUUGUCAUGUCACUAUUUUCAGUGAUUGUGCAUUCCUGUUUUGAGCAGCAGCAGCAAAAAUAACAAAGGUGAAAAGCAUUUAAAUUCCUACAUCCCUUGCCAAGAAAUUGAGCUGUAGAGGUGGUAUCAGUACUGUCAUCUGGCUGCAGCCACUUGUUGGAUGUCGCUCUCAGAGCUGUAUGAACAUUGUCUUUAAAUACUCUUUGCAGUUCAAAACAAUAAAUAAUAAUAAUAUCUAAUAUAGAAUAUAACCUGUUUUGCAAAGUGUAGUUGCAGGCUUAAAUGCUUUACCAUAAAUUAUAGUACAAUUAUAUCUGAGCCUAUGCAAUGAUGGAUAAAGGUUUAGUAUAGUUGUUAAGACAAAUAUAAAUUUAAUUUUAGUACUGUAAUGAUAUAAAGUUAUAUAUAAUAUAUUAUGUACAUAGAGAUGUCCUAGUAUGUACAGUAAUAUAUGAAUGAAUACCUGUAUACAAACUUUAUUGUAGCAUGUGGCCACACAGGCGAUGUCAAUGUUUAGUUGAUCAGUAUUUUAGAAACUGUUUGUGUUGUGGAAGAAAAUGAAUUUUAAGGUCUACAGACUGUUUUGUGUCAUGUGUAAUUAAUAAUUUAUACUAUUUUAUAAUUAAUUUGUUAUGCCCCAGAACUUGGGAUGUGCUCAGUGUCUGUACAAAGAAUGCUGAAGUUUGUGACAAUUGAAUUCCCGUGUUUCAUCAGGUGGUAUGUGUAUGAUAUUUACAGUGAAUGAGCCUUAGACCUGUUUGAGAGAUACAUUUUCAUAAGUAAACUUCACCCUUUCUACUCUGAGAUCAGUUGAAAUUUUCUGUGCUAAGUUGUAACAGAAUUUCCUAUAAAAAAGAUGUACUGGCAUGGAAUUCAAACUCAUACCAACAGAUGGCAGCUGAAUAUAUAAAUCUGAUGUGUUGACUCAGGAAUUUACAUUUAUAUGUCUGAAAUCAUAAUCUUGGAGUGGAAGGGGUUAAAUAUGGUUCAUGCAUUGGAGAUGUAAAAUUAUGAAACUAAUUUUGUUUCACAACAUUUUGAAAUUUGAACUAUUAGUAUAGUUCAGUCGGUUUCUAGAUUUAAUUGAAAAUUAGUGUGAUAUAGUGAACCUCCAUAUUUUAAUGGAUCUGUACCACACAAAUGAAAUAGGCAUGUUGUGACUGAAGAGAAAUAUGAAGUAAUAGGUAAUAUGAUUGUCUUUUAUUAUUAUACAUAACAAUUAAACCAUUUCCUCGGCUCAUCACAACCUACUUCACCAGGUUAUUUCAGAAAAAUUGUUGAGAGCUGAUGCUGAUGUCGCUAAAAUUAAUAGCAAAGAUCGAAUCACAGUUUUAUUUCCGUAUGUCAAUGCAAACGUAAAAUCCACUUGUAGAGUACUGUCUUCUGGCAUGAUGCCGUGUAGUUUGAUACAACAUAGCAUUCUUUUUGUUAAUGCUGUGAGAACCGCAAUUCUAAAAUCCACAUAUUUCUAUCAUGAUUUUUGUGUUAACCCAUUUCUUUAAAGUCUCUGUUAGUGUGACAACCACGUUAAUUAAUGACUUCAUACACGAUAUUAUUCAAGUAAAAAUCAAUUUCCAUAAAUACAACUAGAAAAAAAAACUUUAAUUGUUAUAGAGCUGAUCAAGAUAUUCUCUGCAUUUUUGUAACUAAAUAGUUCAUUAUAGAAACUUGUUGUUGGAUCCUGUAGUGAGAGUUACUACUUUAGAUCAUUACUCCAGAACCUUUUUCUCUGUAGAUCUGUUUUUGUGUUAUCCUUCCACCCAAUCAUAGUCCUCCCAAAUGUUCUGUAAUGGAAUUUUCCACACAAACCUUUGUGUGCAUGUUUGGAUUUUUUCAUUGCAUUGUUUGAUUUAUUAAUAUUGGCUCCUAUUUUGCUUUCUUUUUCAGAUCCAAAUAUCCGUUCUUAUAUAUACAUAGAUAAGGUAAAGUU